AUGACCUCGACAACGAAGCUUUUCAUCGGCGGCCUCGCCUGGCACACUGAGGAGGCGACUUUGCGCCAAAAGUUCGAGGAGUUUGGGCUCGUGGACGAGGCAGUCGUGGUCAAGGAUCGUGACACUGGCCGCAGCCGUGGCUUCGGAUUCGUUCGCUACACGAACGAGGACGAUGCGCAGCGAGCUAUUGCCGCGAUGAACAACGUCGAGUUCGAUGGCCGUACCAUUCGUGUCGACAAGGCCUCUGACAACGGCCCCCGGGGUGGCUACCCUCCCCGAGGCGGUGGAAUCGUCGGCGGUUUUGGCAUGCGCGGUGGCUACGGUGGCAUGCAGAACCCCGGCAUGCCUCAGAUGGCCUAUGGACAUCCUCAACAGGGUUAUCCGAUGGCUGCUCAUCCGCAAAUGUACGCUGCUCAGCAGCAGCAGUACGGCCGUGGUGGAUACCCACCCCAGGCAGCUGCGAUGAACUACGGUGCCAUGCCGCAGCAGGCCUGGCCGCAGGGUGGAUACGUCUACGGACAAGACCAGCAGCAGCAGGGACAGCAGCAACAGAUCCCACAGGGGCAGAUCCCCCAGCAGCAGAUGCCAGGACAGCAGCAGGCUCCUCCCGGCGGACCACCCGGAUACUAG